AUGGGGUUCUGUAGCACAGUCGAUUGUGAUAGGUAUAUUCUGCCAAUAAAUACAAUAUGGUUACCUAGAGAUAGAUGUGAGGAAAAUAAACGAUUCAGGUGCAGAAAAGGUUAUGUAUCACAAGUGCAGACUAUAUGUAAGGGUGGUUACUGGGUUUUGGAACCAACCUGUCAAGCCGUAGAGUGUCCACAAGGUGUGAAUAUCACUAACUCUGAUGAUGUAACAGAAUCUGGUAUUUUUGAGGAGGUUUUUAGUUUUGACUGUUCAGUUGGUUUCACUCAGAAUGGUGUGACGGGUAUUCUGAGCUGUGAUGAAAAUGGUACCUGGACAGAACAGAAAGCUUGUCAAGCUGUAGAGUGUCCACAAGGUGAGAAUAUCACUCUCUCUGAUGGUGUAACGGAAUCCAGUAUUGUUGGAGGACUUUUUAAUUUUAGCUGCUCUGUUGGCUUCAUCGAAACUGGUACUCUGGGGUGUGAGGAAAAUGGUACUUGGACAAAACAGAAAGCUUGUCAAGUGGUACUUAAAGCAGUAGGGAAUAAAGGUAUACCGAUGAUUAUAUAUGCAUGA